CUUGUGACGUCACUUCCUGUUUGACGCCGCUACGAGGAAAUGCACGAGCGAGCUUGAAGAAAGAAAAUAACAGAAAGGCUGGAAGACGACAUGGCUGAACUGUCACUGUACCUCACAAACGUCAAUGUAUCUCUGGGACAAACUAUGGACACAGACAAGACCACUGCUGUAGUGAAAGACUUUGAAAAUGUGGAACUUGGAGAUCUUGGGAAAAAGCCGGCCAAGAUUCCUCGCAGAACCAUCUACUUUGCAAGUGGUGAAACCAUGGAGGAGUACAGUACAGAUGAGGAAGAAGAGGAAGAGCCGCAGCAAAAGAACAUUUCAGUUGAGUCUUCAAAGCUGACCUGGGGUCCGUACUUCUGGUUCCAAAUGUGGAGGGUGGCCACCUCUACCAUCUCAGUUUGUGACUAUCUUGGUGAAAGAAUGGCAUCACUGCUGGGAAUCACCACACCAAAAUAUCAGUAUGCAAUUGAUGAAUACUACAGGAUGAAGAAAGAGGAAGAAGAGGAGGAGGAAGAGAACCGGCUCUCUGAGGAGGCGGAGCAUAAUUUCGACAAGCUGCACGGUCAAGAGAGCCAGAAUCCAAAGAUUGAGCAACCAGAAGCAACUGCUUCUUAUGUGAAUGUGACCUUUGAACUUGAACAAGAAUCCCAUACCACAUCUGAUGCCAAUAAAGUGCCUGCCCCUAUUCCCUCCUAAAAUACUGUUCAAAUGAUUGAGCACAUCAAGAAAAUUUGACCUUAUUUAUAGACCAUAGGUACAGUGUUUGCUAGUUUUCUUUUUUACCAUAUAUGAAGUUGACCAUUGAAGUCAUAUUCAUGAAGUUAACAACUGAAUGUGAAGGUAACUUGCCGUUUAUGCAUAGCUGACAGUAGGUCCUCUUUCAAUGCAAGCCUUUUUAUGUUACAAAACAUUUCUGAAAUACAUACAUUAAACCUUUCGAUAUAUAUUCAAUACAUAAGCAGGAUUUUUGAAUGAUCUUACUGCAAUUAUAAACUCUAAAAAAGCCAACUUAACACAAUCAACCGCAUGGAUCAUCAAUCCUGAAAGUGCUGUCAAUAUAAGACAUGAUUAAUAUUUCAUUUCAAUUUUUUAUUUUCUUCUGUGUUUCUUUUGAUGUGUAGAGUUGUUGAAAACAGUGUAAGUGGUCAAAUGGGAACCACUUUCUUUAAUAUGGGUCAUACAAUUGUUAUUUUUCUAACCAAAUACCCCUUUAUUGUAAACACAACAUGUUCUGGAUUGCAUGUCAAUGUGUGCUAUAACUAUCAUGCCACAAUUAAGAAUUAGAAAUUCCUCAAAAAAAAAUCCAAUUGCAUUUCAUUUUAGAAAACUGUAUAAUUUAUUUGUCAAUAAAAAUAAUCGCAUCACAUAGAAGAAAACACACCCACUUUUAAAUAAUGUAGGUGAAUAAAAUACAAUCCUUUUUGUACAUAAUAUUACUUAAUAAACACUUCAAUAUACAAGCAA